CGUGGCCGGCAUGGCGGCGCGCCGGCCAGUCGCGCCGCUGCCUUCCGGCCGGGAGGUGGUGUCGAGCCACGCUCUGACAUCAGACGCGCCAGGUGCCGCCAGCGGAGCGCGGCGCCGCGCGAGCCCGCGCCCAAGAAUGCGCUGCCAGCCGGGAAAACACGCGCAGGUGGAGUGCGGGCGACGGUUUGGCGCGUGCUGAACACUCGGAGGUUCAUCCACGUGAGGGCUGCUAGCGUCGCCUCGCGCCGCCUCUACGCCAUCUUCGACCGACGCCGUGUGACGUCAGCGUUUGGGUCAGGCGGCCGGCGCCCGAUUGGUGCGCGCCAGUCACGUGCCGGCGGGAUUGUUGAUACCGGGAGGAGCCUCGCCGCGGACGGCCGAGCGCCGAGGAGAAAAAUUAUUUCCAUCCAAUUCACCGAAAAUUAAUCACCGAUGAGUUCGUUUCUGAUGAAUUCGGGUCCGUACGUGGAUCCGAAGUUCCCGCCGAGUGAGGAAUACAGCCAGGGGAGCUAUAUCCCGCACAGUGAGUACUACAUCCCGCAGCACCAGCACUAUGGCUACCCCAGUGCUCAAGCCCACCUGGGCUACGGACGCGAGAGUGUCGCCUACAACCCGAGUGCAGCGGCCGCGGCCGCCGGCUACUACCAGCAGACGUUCAUGCACCCGGCGCAGCACAUGGGAGGACACACAGUGCCGCCGCUGCCCAACCCGUCGCCACCGACGCAGCCGACGCUGCACCGGUCGCCGGUGCCGGUGAGCUCGCCGCAGCCGCCGGCCGGCAUGGGCGUGGGCGGUAUGCUGACCUCGCCGGGUCAGCUGGGAGCCGGCCACCCGGGCCAGCACGGCCCGCCCGGCUCGCAGAGCCAGGAGAUCCAGUCGGACGGCUGUGAAGAGGGCGACGCCGCCGAAGACCAGGAGGGCAGCACGCGAGUCAUCUACCCCUGGAUGAAGAAGAUCCACGUAGCCGGCGCCGGAGAGUGGAUUAAAAAUAAUGGCGCGUUCCAGCCGGGCAUGGAGCCGAAGCGGCAGCGAACGGCUUACACGCGUCACCAAAUCCUCGAGCUGGAGAAGGAGUUCCACUUCAACCGCUACCUGACGCGCCGGCGGCGGAUAGAGAUCGCUCACAGUCUCUGCCUCACCGAACGGCAAAUCAAGAUCUGGUUCCAGAACCGGCGCAUGAAGUGGAAGAAGGACAACAAGCUGCCCAACACGAAAAACGUGCGUCGCAAGACGAACCCAGCCGGUGUGACGACGACAAUCCCGCCCAAGACGGCAACCACCUCCGCCAGCGGCACGCUGCCGCAGCAGCAGCAGCAGCAACAGCAGCAGCAGCAGCAACAGCAGCAACAGCACCAG